AGACGCCCACCCCCGCGUCUCGGAAGUGCCUGCGCACAGGAUGACUAAGCUAUGCCAGGGUCACCGCUCAUUGGGCCCGGCGGCAAAGGCGCGGUGAUUGGUCGCUGGUUCGGCCCGCCUCGGCGGGCUGUCCGACGCUUCAUAGAGCCGGCUGCAUGGGGAGGCGGAGGCGCCGGGAGGACAGGGCGGCCGGGGCCUUGCCCGAGGCUAUCGCCGCUCUGAGUCGGUCGCUACCAGCUGGGCCCAGCCCUGAGAUAUUCCGCCGCGCCAAGUUCGACCGUCCGGAGGCGGCUCCCGCGCUCUGGCAGCUUCUUUUCCGCGUGCUCUCUCCGCUCGCGACAGACAAAACUGGCGCCACUCUGGUUCCAGAGUUCCAAGUCCGCUUGGUGAAGUCAGUGCUGCGCUCCCAGGGCUAUCCUAGGUCUGUUCUGGCACAACGCUCUGAGGGCAACUCCCAGAGUAGCCGGGAGCUGCUGCUGGCCCUGUCUUGGCUCUUGGCACGAGGACCCCUGCUUGAGCAGCUGCUGGCCCAGAGCCGGGUGCAGCUGGGUGACCAGGUGUCCCUGUUUGAGUCUGUGGUCCUGGCCAGACCUGGCCCUCCUGCGUCCUGUAUGGAAAUAGAAGGUCCUGUGGACCUCCACCAAGUGCAGUGGCUGAUGGGAAAGUUGCGGAUCAGGUGGCGGCAAUUGCUUUCCAGUCAACAGGAGCACUGCUCCCUCCUGAGCAAGAUACACCUGUACACCUGUGGAAGCCACAGUCACCAGCGCUUUAGCCAUCUGUCUGUUGCUGAAACAGAGAUGCUCAGGGACCCAGAUAACACCCAACAGCUACUGCAGGCACUGGAGUGUGAGAAUGUGCGCCUGGAGGCGGCUUUGGAGUGGCGACGCUGUGAGCUGGUCUUCUGGCAGUGGAUGGACACGGUCCUGGGUGCCUGUACCCCAGGGGCUCCUGCAGUGCCUUCACAGCCCUUGACCCUGCCUGUGAUCCCUGAACGUGGGCUUGGUGAGUUGGAGCUGGUAGCAUGGGAGCUGCAAGCCCUGCAGGAGGAGCUUCAGGAGGCAGCUGAGCCCCGUCGCGCUGCCUGGGAGGCCCAGGUUAGCAGCUUAGGCAGGGGGCCAGAGUGGAUUACUGCAAGGAAAACCCUGCAGGAGACUGUGGAACAGGAGCUGACAGCCCUGCAGAGAUCCUGGGAACAAUCCGGAGGCCCUCCCCAGCUCCAGAGGCCCCACCGACUGGUGAGAAGCAAGGAUGGGACACCGGGACCCCAAGACUUGCAGGCGGCAGAAAUGAUCAGGAUGCUGAGGACUCAGGAGGCCAGUCUGGACGGGUCACUGCGCCAACUACAAGAUCAAUGUCAGCAGGAGCUGGCCAGGCUGGCAGGAACCCUGCCUGGCCUUAUUUGGAUCCUGGCUCCUGGACACUAAGGGCCCCUGAAUGUGCCCUUGUGUGAAGGGCCUAACUAGGUAUCAGAGGAGCAGCCUAAGGUGUGGGUGCAGAGCUCCAGGCUAUGUGUUCCCUCCAGACCCUAGGCUUAUAGUUGUAAUGUGGCCAUGGGCUGGUCCCUCUGGGAAGGAAUCUAGAAAUGCAUGGUAGAACCUUCCCUGGGGGACCAGGCUGCUGCCCUCCUCCCUUCUCCCAGUGCCCUUUCAGCCCUGAGCAGGGCUGGCACUACGAUGGAGAGAUAGGCAUGGUCUACAGCACAGAGUAUGUUGGGACCCGGAGAGGCAAGUGUCAGGGAAGCCCAGGCCUCUCCUGAAUGGAACAGCUCUGAACAACUUCCUGUACCCUUCCCUGGACUCUGGCUAUGUCCUUCACUCCAGGCUGAGCAGCAGAGCCCUCCUUUGCUGGGCCAUGGAUGUGCCUGGUGUGCAUGUGUGAGGUGUGGGGGGCAGAUGGGAGCCCUGGGAAGUGAGGGGGAGGGGAAGCAGCAGUGCAGACAGAGGGCCUUUGUUCUGGAGCUUGCUGUGUGAGCUCAGCCCUGACAAAGCUGCCUGUGUUCAGGAUGUACCCAUAUAGCUUGGUGGGAUGGCUUUCUCCCAUCUCAGUUUCUCCCAGCCAGUGGGCACAGGCAGGCCUUGUGGCCUCCAGCCCUGCCUCUCUCUCUAUCCCCAGCUCUAAACACUGACCCAACAUCAGGCAGUGGUGGGACCUACCAGCUCAGUCUCAAGGCCACUUCCAGACUAGGCAUCCUAGGCCCUUUACCAGAACAUUCUCCCAUGGGGUCUUUCUGCUUGCCUGGGUUGUGUGCUGAGUGACAGUCCACAUUUGGUAUGCCAGCUCUGGUACGAGUAGGCACUCUCUAGGAUUGCCCAUCAUGCCGCUGUGCUCCAGCAGCUGUUUCUAACAUGCUGUUGGAUGGAGCCGUGUUAAAUGGCCUCCGUGACCUUCAUGGAUGUAGCCUUGAGAGUUACUGGAGCCUUAGGCAUGCCGCUGCGCUGUGCUGAACUCCUGGCCUGCAGCUCUUCCUCAUGUUGCUUCUGCCUGUGGGUUCCAGUUCUGGUCUAGGGCAUGUGGCCUCCACCACUGCAAAGUUGCCUUUGGGCUUCUGCACCCAGCCCUUCUGCUGUCUUCAGCUCCUUGCCCCUGUGUCAUGAGGGCUCUUGUGCUUUAAUAAGCAAGCCUUGAGCUCCUUGCCUCCGAAAACUGCCCGGACUUGGGAUUCCCAGCAGCCUUCUGGAUAUUUACUUUAAGAAACCCAAAUGCAGACCCAGUGUUAUGGGUAGUCACUUCUCCAUAUGCUCUGCUGCCAGGGUUCCACUUGUUCUAGUCAGAAUCCCAUGUGUGUGUGUGCGUGUGACUCAGGGAGCUGAGGGGCAAUGUGAAGGAAUAUCUUGAGGAUGUAGCUGAGUGGAACACCACUUGACUACUACGUGUGAAGCUCUGGAUUCUAUCCCUGGUACCUUUGGGAGGGGGCAGACCAUGAAGAAAGAUAAUCCAGGGUCUAAUAAAUGAUGUGUCAAAAGA